CACAAACGACAAUGACACGUGCACAAAAAUGUCCAAUUAUGCUGUACGUCAGUAGGAGUGUCGUGGAAGACCUGUGAAGAGGUCAAUAGCAACAGAAUAUAGUCUUAGACAUGCCAAAUAAACCUAAAAAGGAAAAGGCCAAUUCGAAAGGCCCUACUAUAAACACCAAGCCUAAUGGAAAGGAAAAUACUGAAAAUGUGGAAGAGGCAAACAAGACCAACGGCAAGGUGAUCGCGCCGCCGAACCAGACGCCCGCUGCGACGCAGGCGGCGAAGGUCAAGUACCCGGCGCCGGCGCCCGUCGUGAAGAAGGACAGGCGGCCGAGCAUGUCGCGCUUCAGCAUCAGCAAGAACCGCGAGCUGCAGAAGCUGCCCCUCCUCAAAGGUAUGAGCCGUCCCUCACGCGCCCGCUUACAGUGUGUCAGCUACAUUAAGGGUGAGGUACAGCGCGCCACGUACGCCGGUGGCAAGGCACAGCACAUCACCAAGAUCAACGGCGAG